ACAGGCAUCAGAUCCUUGUGAAACUUGUAUUUUUUCUUCUUCUUCUUCUUUUUUACAACCAGAAAGCGAAAGUAAAGUUGAUAUUGCUGGAGCUCAAAUAGUGAAAAUGGCUUCGUCAGCUGAACAUGGUUAUGUUUGUCCUGUGUGUCAGGAUGUCUUCAAGUCUCCUGUUAUUCUGCCGUGUAGUCACAGUUGCUGUCAAGAGUGUCUUCAGCAGUUUUGGAAAAUAAAGAAAACUCGGCAGUGUCCUGUCUGUAAAAAACGCUCAGGUAACAAUCCUUUGCUUAAUCUGGCUCUGAAAAGCUUGUGCGAGUCGUUCCUGAAGGAGAGAAAUAAGAGACGUUCAUCAGGACCUGAGGAGAUCUGCAGUUUACACAGUAAGAGACUCAGACUCUUCUGUCUGGAGGACAAACAGCCUGUGUGUGUAGUGUGCAGAGAUUCAAAACAACACGACAAUCAUAAGCUCAGACCCAUCAGUGAAGUGGCUUUGUCGCAUGAGGAUGAGCUCAAUACAGCACUGAAGUCCUUACAAGAGAAACUUAAGGAGAAUAGAAACAUGAAAGCAGAGUUUGAGAAAAUGGUUCAACACAUCAAGGCUCAAGCGGAGCAAAGAGAGAAUCAGCUCAAACAGCAGUUUGAGAAGCUUCAUCAGUUUCUCCGAGAUGAAGAAAAAGCUACUAUCACUGCAAUGAAGGAGGAAGAGAAGCAGAAGAAGAAGAUGAUGAAGGUGAAGCUGGAGGAGAUGAACAGACACAUCUCAGCUCUCUCACAAACAAUCAAAGACACGGAGGAGAUGCUGAAAGCCAAUGACGUCUGCUUUCUGAAGGAGUUUUCAGUCUCAAUGAAAAGAGUCCAGAUCUCUCAGCCGGAUCCACAGAUGCCUUCUGGAGCUUUGAUUCAUGUGUCUCGCUACUUGGUCAACCUGCCGUCAAAUGUCUGGAAGAAAAUGCAGGACAUUGUCCAGUUCAGUAAGUCUGGGCUCCUACAAACGGAUACUGGAGAUCAUGCAGGCUUUUUACCACACAUAGUUUUUCCCACACACAAACUUAAUCAGUAUGUAGAAAGUCAAGAUCACAGUAGUUCUGCUGUAUAAUGAGGAAUAUUUGGUAUUGUUUCUCAUUUCUUCAUCCCCAGAAAUCCACAACAACAACAGUGUGAAAUGAAAAGAAAAAGAAUGCAAUUUUUAAUUUUAUCAUUAUCAGUCUGAUAUAAACAUUUAGGCUAAUAUUUUUAAGCAGAUAAAUGAUCAAUUAUUAUUUCUGGUCCCUGAACUACUUCCCAUGCUUGCUGCAGCCAGUAGGGAUUUGAUUUGAGAUGUGCAGAAUCUCUCAUGUUGCGUUCACGCCAGAUGCGGAUGAAGCGUCAAGCGCUUGUGAUUUACAUGUUAAGUCAAGGCAAAGGUGCGAAUAGACAUCCUGCGGCGUGAAAUGAAUGAAAUCAAAUGAAUCGGCGUGAUUAGUGUUUUACGCAAUUUGACACGCGAACCGCUCAAGUUGGAAAAUCUGAACUUAUCAGACAUUCGUUAUCUC